GUCCGGGUUGUAGUGUGGUAUGAGCGCGUUGUUUUAUCCGUUCAGACACUGAGGGAGAGCAGAGAGGAGGUGAGAGAGUCUGCAUGGAGCUCUACAAUGUGUUUAUAAACUACAGAGCGCUGUUAUAUUGUAUUAUUUUGAAAGGUCCGGGUUGUAGUGUGGUAGGAGCGCGUUGUUUUAUCCGUUCAGACACUGAGGGAGAGCAGAGAGGAGGUGAGAGAGUCUGCAUGGAGCUCUACAAUGUGUUUAUAAACUACAGAGCGCUGUUAUAUUGUAUUAUUUUGAAAGGUCCGGGUUGUAGUGUGGUAGGAGCGCGUUGUUUUAUCCGUUCAGACACUGAGGGAGAGCAGAGAGGAGGUGAGAGAGUCUGCAUGGAGCUCUACAAUGUGUUUAUAAACUACAGAGCGCUGUUAUAUUGUAUUAUUUUGAAAGGUCCGGGUUGUAGUGUGGUAGGAGCGCGUUGUUUUAUCCGUUCAGACACUGAGGGAGAGCAGAGAGGAGGUGAGAGAGUCUGCAUGGAGCUCUACAAUGUGUUUAUAAACUACAGAGCGCUGUUAUAUUGUAUUAUUUUGAAAGGUCCGGGUUGUAGUGUGGUAGGAGCGCGUUGUUUUAUCCGUUCAGACACUGAGGGAGAGCAGAGAGGAGGUGAGAGAGUCUGCAUGGAGCUCUACAAUGUGUUUAUAAACUACAGAGCGCUGUUAUAUUGUAUUAUUUUGAAAGGUCCGGGUUGUAGUGUGGUAGGAGCGCGUUGUUUUAUCCGUUCAGACACUGAGGGAGAGCAGAGAGGAGGUGAGAGAGUCUGCAUGGAGCUCUACAAUGUGUUUAUAAACUACAGAGCGCUGUUAUAUUGUAUUAUUUUGAAAGGUCCGGGUUGUAGUGUGGUAGGAGCGCGUUGUUUUAUCCGUUCAGACACUGAGGGAGAGCAGAGAGGAGGUGAGAGAGUCUGCAUGGAGCUCUACAAUGUGUUUAUAAACUACAGAGCGCUGUUAUAUUGUAUUAUUUUGAAAGGUCCGGGUUGUAGUGUGGUAGGAGCGCGUUGUUUUAUCCGUUCAGACACUGAGGGAGAGCAGAGAGGAGGUGAGAGAGUCUGCAUGGAGCUCUACAAUGUGUUUAUAAACUACAGAGCGCUGUUAUAUUGUAUUAUUUUGAAAGGUCCGGGUUGUAGUGUGGUAGGAGCGCGUUGUUUUAUCCGUUCAGACACUGAGGGAGAGCAGAGAGGAGGUGAGAGAGUCUGCAUGGAGCUCUACAAUGUGUUUAUAAACUACAGAGCGCUGUUAUAUUGUAUUAUUUUGAAAGGUCCGGGUUGUAGUGUGGUAGGAGCGCGUUGUUUUAUCCGUUCAGACACUGAGGGAGAGCAGAGAGGAGAUCUGAAGAGCAGAAAGGACACAUUCACUGAGGAGACGGUCAGAGCGAGUGACUGGAGCACUAGAGCCGUGCUGCACAUCCCACUGACAAUACCUGAAGACUGUCUUAUCCAGGUGAAAGCCAAGGAAAAAGAUUACAUUAAACAGGAGAUGCCUGUCCACUUUAAAGAAGAGACUGAACUGGAGCCUGUCCACAUUAAAGAAGAGACCGAACUGGAGCCUGUCCACAUUAAAGAAGAGACCGAACUGGAGCCUGUCCACAUUAAAGACGAGACCGAACUGGAGCCUGUUCACAUUAAAGAAGAGACUGAACUGGAGCCUGUCCACAUUAAAGAAGAGACUGAACUGGAGCCUGUCCACAUGAAAGAAGAGACUGAACUGGAGCCUGUCCACAUUAAAUUAGAAAAGAUUGAACUGCAGCCUGUCCACAUUGAUGAAGAGACUGAACUGGAGCAUGUCCACAUGAAAGAAGAGACUGAACUGGAGCCUGUCCACAUUAAAUUAGAAAAGAUUGAACUGCAGCCUGUCCACAUUGAAGAAGAAUCUAUUGACUUGUUUAAGGAUUCAGAAAACAUAUCCCAGCCACAGAUAUCACAACAAUGUACUGAAUGUGAGAAGAGCUUCAGUUCAUUAGGAUACCUAAAAAUACACCAGAGAAUUCACACUGGAGGGAAGCCAUAUCACUGUGCUGACUGUGGGAAGAGCUUCCGUCAGUUAGGAAACCUAAAAAGACACCAGAGAAUUCACACUGGAGAGAAGCCGUAUUACUGUUUUGAAUGUGGGGAGAGAUUCAAUGAGUCAGGAAACCUAAAAACACACUUGCGAAUUCACACUGGAGAGAAGCCGUAUCAGUGCUCUGACUGUGAGAAGAGCUUCCGUCGGUUAGGAGACCUAAAAAGACACCAGAGAAUUCACACUGGAGGGAAGCCAUAUCACUGUGCUGACUGUGGGAAGAGCUUCAGUCAGUUAGGAUGCCUUAAAAUACACCAGCGAAUUCACACUGGAGAGAAGCCGUAUCACUGUUCUGACUGUGAGAAGAGCUUUCGUCAGUUAGGAGACCUAAAAAGACACCAGAGAAUUCACACUGGAGAGAAGCCGUAUUACUGUUUUGAAUGUGGGGAGAGAUUCAAUGAGUCAGGAAACCUAAAAACACACUUGCGAAUUCACACUGGAGAGAAGCCGUAUCAGUGCUCUGACUGUGAGAAGAGCUUCCGUCGGUUAGGAGCCCUAGAAAGACACCAGAGAAUUCACACUGGAGGGAAGCCGUAUCACUGUGCUGACUGUGGGAAGAGCUUCAGUCAGUUAGGAAACCUAAAAACACACUUGCGAAUUCACACUGGAGAGAAGCCGUAUCACUGUUCUGACUGUGAGAAGAGCUUCUGUCAGUUAGGAGACCUAAAAAGACACCAGCGAAUUCACACUGGAGCCAGCCUCCCUCCCUCCCAGUCCCUCACCUCUCCACCCUGCUUGUUUGAGUGCGUGGAGAGCUGUCUGAUUCCUUGUCUCUCUCUCACCCUGCAAUAAAUGAAGGGGGUCCCCAGGAGUGAGAGCCAGCAUGAUCCAGAGACACUGAGAAGGGGAGCGUGUCAAACUCAAGGAGACAGACCCAUUCUGCAGUGUGGAGUAGUGGUUAGGGCGCUGGACUCUUGACCAGAGGGUCGUGGGUUCAAUCCCAGGUGGUGGACACUGCUGCUGUACCCUUGAGCAAGGUACUUUACCUAGAUUGCUCCAGUAAAAACCCAACUGUAUAAAUGGGUAAUUGUAUGUAAAAAUGUGAUAUCUUGUAACAAUUGUAAGUCGCCCUGGAUAAGGGCGUCUGCUAAGAAAUAAAUAAUAAUAAUUCUUUCAGAAUGAACUGAAGAACCCUGGGAUUCAGCUCCACUCCUGCCCCUGAAUUAAAAAUGAAUCUCGCUCAUCAUGCUGUGGAUUUAAGACAGUUACAGGGUCAUUCUACUUAUAUGUGUGAUAUGAACCCAACACAUUAAGCUGCCAAUAACAUACAUCAUUUUUAAUGUAAUUUGAUGUAUUUGAGCUGCAAAUGGCAUUACUGUACCAGUGUGGGUGAGUACAGCAUAAGAUAAAGGAUUGAAUUGUUUAAAAUAAAUGAAAACUAAGAAUAUCUUCAUGGGUGUGGCAGCAAUGUGUGCUUCAUCUAACUAGAAUGGCCUCUAAGCUAUUGCACCAGUGCAAACACAAGCUGUGAAGCAAUGUUGUGCUUUUUAAUUAUGUGUUUUAUUUCAAGUGGUGCAAACCUUGCACUGCAGCAAAUGCUGUGUUGGUUUUGAAUGAAUUUGAAUAAAAAUGUGUAUAUCCAAUUAUUAUGACGUCCCCACAGUAGUAGAGCUGUAUAAAUAUACUGUAAAACAUGAAAGGUUUGCAAGCAAACUAUUUGAACAUUUUGCAUGUGUUAAAAAUCUGCAGAACCUACAUGCUGCAACAUUACCAUUAUUACUACAUUCAUAGUUUGUAAAGUUUAUGAAUAAUUGAUCGAAACAAUCUGCAGGAUGAAGUUGCCUCAGACUGUUUGACAGUAACAGAGCUGGUGCUUUUGUGGAAUCACCAUUAGCUGUUUAUUCCCUUUGGGUAAAAUAUGGCUUGUUUGCUUGUAUUUUUUAUUAGUAUGCUAUCAUUAGAAUGACCUUACAGUACAUAUUAAGGCAAGCUUAGCUAUUUAGAGAGUUUCAUUGAGUUUGAGAUCUUGUACGUUUUCCAUUGUCUCUGUAUAUAAAGGGUGUGUGAGAAAUUCCUAGUUGUAAUUGAAUGUUCUUUGUAAAAUUACAUUUCAAAUCUUAAACUGAGACUUCAGAUGCUGUGAUGUUAAUUAAGUUUGUCUUCCUUCCCCAUAACGUUCUCUAGAUCUACUUCAAAGGACUAGAUAUUAGUAACAGGGUGGUAAAGAUUUCCAUUGGAGAAUAGUUUAGAUUCCCUGCUGUGCUGCCCUGCCUGUCUGGUAUAAACAAACAGAGCUGAUUCUUAUCUUUAAAUUAAGACUGUCUGAAAGCAAAUACACAACUUUCUUAAGAAGUGUGACACCUGGUGGACACGAGCUGUCA